UUCCUCAUUUUUUGUCAAGUUUGUCGCAGCUUGGAGCCUUUCUUUCUCCGCUUUUUAAACCUUUCACCUGAUUAACUUGUAUAAGGUUAAAGUGUUUUAUAAACACUUCAACCUCAGUUUCUUCCCUUACAUUUAUACUUUUAUUACUUUAUCCCGUAUGGACGCAUUUUAAUCCCGGAAUAGAUACGAUAAGGUCUCCAGUCUACUAUGGAUGAGGAGAGAGAAGAGGGGGGUCCUACCUCUAAGACCACUCUGUCUGGGGAACAUGGCCGCCGGAGCAAAGCUAAGAGAAGAGUCCAGCAGGAGAGAGCAGACUCCCCUGGACCCAGCUGUGUCUCCAUGAAGAGUGACCACUCUAUGGAUGUACCAUUGGUGUUUAAAGAUGGACGCCCCUCCAGAGAGGAGAGCCCAGAGAAGCAGGAGAGAACAGACUCCCCUGGACCCAGCUGUGUCUCCAUGAAGAGUGACCGCUCUAUGGAUGUACCUGUUACCUUUAAAGAUGGACGCCCCUCCAGAGAGGAGAGCCCAGAGAAGCAGGAGAGAACAGACCCCCCUGGACCCAGCUGUGUCUCCAUGAAGAGUGGCUGGUCUAUGGAUAAUCCUGUUAGGUUUAAAGAUGGAAAUCAGUCUAUUAAGAAGAGAAGAGUCCAGCAGGAGAGAGCAGACUCCCCUGGACCCAGCUGUUUCUCCAUGAAGAGUGGCUGGUCUAUGGAUGUACCAUUGGUGUUUAAAGAUGGACGUCCCUCCAGCGAGGAGAGCCCAGAGCAGCAGCAGAGAACAGAUUUCCCUGGACCCAGCUGUGUCUCCAUGAAGAGUGACCACUCUAUGGAUGUACCAUUGGUGUUUAAAGAUGGACGCCCCUCCAGAGAGGAGAGACACCAGACGACGUCAAAGGUUACCAGUGCUCAGUCUCUGCAACAUCAAACAGAGCUGAUCAAGAGGGCUGAGGAGAACGCCCACGCUUUCCUAGACAAGGAGCUGAAGAAGCUCUGGAGGGAUCUCUUCUCAGAUUACCCACAAUGCUCAGAGAGUCAGAGGGAGGAAGAGGAGGAGGUGGAUGGAAAGAAGGAGGAGCAGAGGAGGCGCGCCAUAGAGGGAGUGGUGGACAUCACAAUCCUCUGCCUGAUGGAGAUGAACCAGGAGGAACUGGCCGACAAACUGUGGGGCGGAGCUGCUGCUGUCGAGUGCCAACAUAAAAUCAAGUCUCAUUUGAAGAAGAAGUUCUGGUGUGUGUUUGAGGGAAUCGCUAAAGCAGGUCAUUCAACACCUCUGAAUGAGUUCUACACAGAGAUCUUCAUCACAGAGAGAGGCAGUGGAGAGGUCAACAAGGAACAUGAGGUCAGACGGAUUGAAACCGCUUCCAGGAAACCAGCCAAUGAAGGAACACCAAUCAAAUGUGCCGACCUCUUUAAACCCUUACCUGGACACGAUCAACCAAUCAGGACAAUAAUGACAACUGGAGUGGCCGGUAUUGGUAAAACCAUCUUAACACACAAGUUCAUCCUGGACUGGGCUGAAGAACAAGCCAACCACGACAUACACUUUACAUUUCUCCUCACUUUCAGAGAGCUGAAUUUACUGAAAGGAGAACAAUUUAGCUUGGUGGAACUUCUUAAUCACUUCUUUAUUGAGACCAGAGAAGCAGGAAUCUGCAGAUACGACCGGUUCCAAGUUGUCUUCAUCUUGGAUGGACUGGAUGAGUGUCGACUUCCUCUGGACUUCCAGAACAACAAGAUAUGGAAUGAUGUCACAAAGUCCACCUCGGUGGACAUGCUGCUGACAAACCUCAUCAGGGGCCACCUGCUUCCCUCUGCUUGCGUCUGGAUAACCACACGCCCUGCGGCAGCCAAUAAGAUCCCUGCUCAUUGUGUUGACAUGGUGACAGAGGUGAGAGGGUUCACCGACCAACAGAAGGAGGACUACUUCAGGAAGAGAUUCAAAGAUGAGAAGCUGGCCAGCACAAUCAUCACCCACGUCAAGAAAUCACGAAGCCUCCACAUCAUGUGUCACAUCCCAGUAUUCUGUUGGAUCACUGUUACAGUCCUGGAGGACAUCUUCAAAACAUCCCAGAUAGGAGAAGAGACACCCAAGACCGUGACUCAGAUGUACAGCCACUUCCUGAGGGUUCAGUCCAUACAGGGGGACAGGAAGUAUCGUUUGUUAACUGAAACAGACACAAACUGGACUGCACAGAGCAGGGAGAUCAUUGUUUCUCUGGGAAAACUGGCUUUUAACCAGCUGGAGAGUGGCAACCUGAUCUUCUACGAGGCAGACCUGGUAAAGUGUGACAUUGAUAUCAGAGCAGCCUCAGUGUACUCAGGAGUGUUCACCCAGAUCUUUAAAGAGUGUGGGCUGUACCUGGACAAGGUGUUCUGCUUUGUCCAUCUAAGCCUCCAGGAGUUUCUGGCUGCUCUUUAUGUCUUUUGGUCCUUCAUCCACAAUGGUGUCAAUCUGCUCUCAGAAGAACCACCAACCUCCAGUGAAGAUGAACUCCUCCUCUACCAGAGUGCUGUGGACAAGGCCUUACAGAGUGAGAACGGACACCUGGACUUGUUCCUCCGCUUCCUCCUGGGCCUCUCUCUGGAGACCAAUCAGAUUCUCCUACGAGGUCUGCUGGGACAGACAAGAAGUAGCUCACAAACCAAGAAGAAAACAGUGUCUUACAUCAAGCAUAAGUUAGAUGGUAAUCUCUCUCCAGAGAGAAGCAUCAAUCUGUUUCACUGUCUGAAUGAGCUGAACGACCGUUCUCUAGUGGAGAAGAUCCAACGGUCCCUGACAUCAGGAAGUCUAUUCAAAACGCAUGUCUCUCCUGCUCAGUGGUCAGCUCUGGUCUUCAUCUUACUGACAUCAGAAGAGGAGCUGGACAUGUUUGACCUGAAGAAAUACGAAGCUUCAGAGGAGGGUUUUCUGAUGCUGCUGCCAGUGAUCAAAGCCUCCAAAAGAUCACUGCUGAAUGGCUGUCGUCUGUCAGAGAGAUGCUGUGAAGCUCUGGCCUCAGUUCUCAGCUCCAACUCCUGUAGUCUGACAGAGCUGGACGUGAGUACCAACGAUCUGCAGGAUUCAGGAGUGAAGCUGCUCUCUGCUGGACUGGGGAGUCCACACUGUACACUGGAAACUCUCAGGCUGAAUGGCUGUCAUCUGUCAGAGAGAUGCUGUGAAGCUCUGGCCUCAGUUCUCAGCUCCAACUCCUGUAGUCUGAGAGAGCUGGACGUGAGUUCCAACGAUCUGCAGGAUUCAGGAGUGAAGCUGCUCUCUGCUGGACUGGGGAGUCCACACUGUACACUGGAAACUCUCAGCUUGUCUGGCUGCCUGGUCACACAGGAAGGCUGUGCUUCACUGGCCUCUGCUCUGAGCUCCAACCCCUCCCAUCUGAGAAAGCUGGACCUGAGCUACAAUCACCCAGGAGACUCUGGAGCUGCGCUGCUCUCUGCUGGACUGGAGGAUCCACGCUGGAGACUGGACACUCUCAGUGUGGAGCACGGUGGAGUGUGGAGGCUGAAACCAGCUCUAAAGAAGUAUGCCUGUGACCUCACACUGGACCCCAACACGGCCCACAGACGACUCUCUCUGUCUGAGGACAACAGGAAGGUGACGCGGGUUGGAGUGGACCAGUCGUAUCCGGAUCACCCAGACAGAUUUGACUCCUGGCCCCAGGUGUUGGGUAGAGAGGCUCUGACUGGCCGCUGUUACUGGGAGGUAGAGUGGGAAGGAGUGGUUAGGAUAGGAGUGACAUACAGAGGAAUCACAAGGAGAGGAGACGGUCGUGACAGCCUGCUUGGAGGGAACAACAAGUCCUGGAGUCUUUAUUGUUCUAAUGGUGGUUACUCUGCCCGGUACAACGGUACACUAACACCCCUCCCUCUCCCCCCCGCUGGCUCCACCAGAGUAGGAGUGUAUCUGGACCGGCCUGCUGGCUCUCUGUCCUUCUACAGAGUGUCCCCAGGUGGAGGAGGGUCCUCAGACACACUGACACACCUCCAGACCUUCUGCUCCUCCUUCACCCAGGAGGACCUCCUCCCGGGGGUGAUGGUAGGGGUGGGCAGCGUCUCUGUGAUCCCUCAGCGGUAG